CUCGUAUUCUCGAAUAAUAGUAUAAUAAUAUUACAAGCAGUUGUAUUAUUAAUUUCUUCUUUCCAUGUGUUCACUUUCACAGUAACCAAACAGGUCAUCAUCCCAAGGGGGAAAAAUUUGAUUAGGGUUUAUGCAAAGACUUAGUUUCACCUUUCCCUUUCUUGCUAUCACUCUGUAAUAAGAGAAAUUUCUGGAAGGCUGGCAUUAUAAGCAGCAUGAAGAGGGCAUUGCCAUGGAGUGCUCAGGUUGAUGUAAUUUUAUCAGAUGAAUCCUCUUCAUCAUCAUCUUCUUCUUCUUCUUCAGAUUCUGAGAUUCAGGUCAAUAAUGGAACCACAAAUGCCGCAGUCGAUCAACCUCCUAAAGAGUUAUCCUCUGAAGGUUUGUUGAUCAGAAGGGCAGAAAUGUAUCAGGAAUAUAUGAAGCAAUUACCCAUCCCAACACAGCGUGGCUCUAUUAUUCCGUUUACCACAUGGAUGGGAUUAGGCAGAUCCAUCAAACAAUUAUAUGGGCAACCUUUGCAUUACCUCACCAACAUUCUUCUAAAACAGUGGGACCAUUUGAGAAUCGGCAGUGAGGAUGAGCAUAGCCCCCUCGAUAUCGUCAUUCAUCCUUGCAAAGCAGAAGCCACUGUCUGGCUCGUUGAGGAACUCCAUCGGUGCACAUCAUCUCAUCAUCACAUGGCCAAACUGUGGCAGUCGGAUCCAAUGCACCAUGCUUUCAUCGAUUCCAUUUUCCCAAAAUUGUGAAGUGCAUGUUGAAAGGUUCAUAAGUUUUUGCAUACCCUGGACCUGAUUCUGGGGUAAAUCAUUUAACAUUCAACACAAAGUAGCAGAGGUUGAAAAUAUAAGUAUCUUUCCUCCAUUUCAUCCAGUAAAAAAUGUUGUUACUUUGUUAAUGUAGUUUCAGAGUCCAUGAUAUCAAUCCAGGAUGAAAAGUUCUUGCGCA